AUGUCGACGCUGAUCUUGCUUCCGAGCAUAGCAUCCUUUACACGUCUGGUCGGUCAUCCACACAGCCAGACUGACUUCCUGAAUUCUCUUAGCUGGUCAAACCUCUCUCCGUCAGACGCCAAAACGUACUGGCUCUACAGUGCGCUUGUCCCAUCAAUGGUGAGCGCCACAUUGUAUGCCAUUUCGCGACAACUGUCCACUGGCAUGGCGCUAUAUACGCUGUUCACGGACCAACAAAGAGGAGGUAGAGGUGCCAAGUACAGCGCACGGUUCUUCGUCGCGGUGCAAGGAUGGCCCGUGCAUCGAAACCUUCAACCCGUCUCGGACUAUUUCUCCCGCUGGAAACACUAUAUCUCUGAUGUUGUCUUUUUGGCACCGUGUCAUCCGAGCGCUCAACGUCUUGAGGCUCUGUUAACACAAAUCGAAAGUGAGGAGGCGUCAUUCCUUCACAAAAUGACACGUAUCGCUCGGCGUAUGGGCGGUACAGAAUUUCAGGGCUACCUAGUGAAGCGCAUUGCUGAGCGGUAUUCGAGCUCUGGACAUACCCAAAGGCUUUCUUGGUCAACGAGCAUGCCGGCCCUGUACGCAUCGCUUCAGAAAAUGGUGCAGGUUGCAGAGGGUGCAUCGCAGCAAGCGACAGACGACACUCCACGAGCUGCAGUUCUGACAUUCACGGACGCGUGUGCAGCCCGCAUUGUCGCAGACCAUACGCGUUACAUGGCUGCACCUACAUACCAGACCACAUUUUUGGGCUCGCAAGCUGAUCACCUCCUUCUGCACAAUCUCGCGCAGUCAUGGUCACGUGCCGAAUGGUCCAAGGUCGGUGUGCGACUCGUGCUGGUGGCCUUGAUCGCGCUUUGGACAUUGCCGAUGGCAGCUACGGGUGGUCUGUCACAGCUUGCAAGCUUCUUGCAAAUUAUUGGAAAUUUUCGUAUGCCUAAGUCUCUGCUCGGUGUUCUGCAAGGAGUCCUUCCAUCGAUCGCCACCUCCAUGCUGCUUUCUAUAUUUCCGACUCUGCUACGAUAUAUUGUGGACAAAGCUCAUCAUGCAACGACAACAGCGCGGGAAUUGACGAUUCUGAAGUAUCACUUCAUGUUUUUGUUCAUCCAGCUGUUUCUAGUCGCAUCAAUCGGUUCGGCUCUGCUACCCACCUUAUUUGAGCUGUUGAACGCUGGAGUGGUCGAGUUGCCUCGCAUACUAGCUCGCAAUCUCCCACUAGCGGGCAAUUAUUAUAUGUCCUAUAUUCUGAUUCAGGGUUUCUCCCUGGCCGCGUCGACACUGCUGCCCUGGAAGCAUAUCGUAGGUCGACUAUGGUCUCGUGCCACCGCGAAGACACCGCGUCAGCGACAGGAUGCUGCCGGUUCAGUGGCAAGUCAGCUACAUUGGGGUGACCUGUACGCGUUUUACAGCAUCCUUGCUGUACUAGUGCUGGUGUAUUCGAUCUUGACGCCGAUGAUUCUGCCGAUCGCGGCCCUCACAUUUGGCAUUGCUGACAUCUGCUCUCGAUACAGCCUCCUGUACACUGCUAACAUCGUGGUCGAUACUGAAGGUCAGCUAUACCGGAAUGCGAUGUUCAAGAUGUUCAUCGGGCUCUACACAUAUCAAGCCACCUUUAUCGGUCUGUUCGUUCUCAAGUCAGGCAGUGGUAGCAAGUGGCAGAACACAGGGCAAUUGUUGGUACUUCUCCUGACCCUCAUCUGCUGCACACAAGUUCAUCUGUAUCUCCUCCACAUGUACACGCCUGUCAAAUGGAGCGCAUGUUUGAAUCCAGAAGUACCAGUCGGCACUGUCGAAUCAGCUUCCGAGUGGAGAGGUUCCCCUGCCAAGCUAGGCCCCAACUCUUUGACAUGUAUCGAUGCCCGCCAUCGGGUAGUGUGGCUGCCUGGAGACGAAUUUGGUAUUGGGGACGCUAUGAUAAAUGCAAUUCAGGAUUGUUGCUUGACAGUACGUGGCUCAGAAAUCCGUGUGACCAAUCUAGAAAGUGAUGUGGCCCUGGAUUAUUGGACGACUGCUCACGAGUAA